GACAACAAACCGCGGGGGGCGCGCGCGCCGGGGCCGCGGGGGCGGGGCCGCGGGCCGGCCCAAGAUGGCGCGGGGUCGGCGGCGCCCAGCGGCAGCGGCGUCCGCUUGAGCGCCCGGGUCGGCGGCGGGCCCUGCGUGAUGGAGGGCGGCGAGCUGGCCGCCGAGAGCAUGGAGACCCUGACCGAGCUGGGCGACGAGCUCACCCUGGGCGACAUCGACGGUGGGCGCCGCGGGAAGGAGCGGGGCGAGAUGCUGCAGUUUGUCAGUAACCAGGCAGGAGACUUUCCAGAUCUGUUCUCGGAUCCCUUGUGCAGCACCUUCCAGGGUGGCAGCGGCAGUGGCAGCAGCAGUGGGACCCUGGAGCCGCAGUUGCAGCGGCCCUACAGCCAGGUGCAACUCCAAACCUUCCCGCCACCCCCUGCAUCCCCCCAGCUCCAGAGCCUGCCGGUCAAAGCAGCGCAGACGACGCCUCCAGCCCCUCCACGCUCGGCCCCUGUCCUGCAGCCGCGGCCCUCACUGCAGCCUCAGCUCCAGCAGCAGGCCGUCAUGAUCACGCCGACGUUCAGCUCUGCUCCCCAGACCAGGAUUAUCCAGCAGCCGGUCAUCUACCAGAACGCGGCCACAAGUUUCCAAGUUCUCCAGCCUCAAGUCCAGAGCCUGGUGACAUCCUCCCAAGUUCAGCCGGUUACGAUCCAGCAGCAGGUGCAGACCGUGCAGGCCCAGCGAGUGCUGACGCAGGCUGCCAACGGCACCAUCCAGACCUUAACGCCAGCCACGGUCCAGACUGUUGCUGCACCACAGGUCCAGCAAGUUCCUGUUCUCGUCCAACCUCAGAUCAUAAAAACGGAUUCCCUGGUCUUGACAACCCUGAAAACAGAUGGCAAUCCUGUUAUGGCUGCAGUACAGAACCCAGCGCUGACAGCACUCACUGCUCCCAUUCAGACCACAGCUCUGCAGACCCUCGUUGGGAGCAAUGGGACCAUUUUGACCACUAUGCCUGUGAUGGUGGGACAAGAAAAGGUGCCUAUCAAACAAGUUCCUGGGGGUGUCAAGCAACCUGAACCACCUAAAGAAGGAGAGAGGAGAACAACUCAUAACAUCAUUGAAAAGCGCUACCGGUCGUCCAUAAAUGACAAAAUCAUUGAGCUGAAGGACCUUGUCAUGGGGACAGAUGCCAAGAUGCACAAGUCUGGAGUCCUGAGAAAAGCCAUUGACUACAUUAAAUACCUGCAGCAGGCUAACCAUAAGCUGAGGCAGGAGAACAUGGUUCUGAAGCUGGCUAACCAAAAAAACAAGCUGUUGAAGGGCAUUGACCUGAGCAGUCUGAUUGACAAUGAUGUGGAUCUGAAGAUAGAUGACUUCAACCAGAACGUGCUGCUGAUGUCUCCUCCAGCUUCUGAUUCAGGAUCCCAGGCUGGCUUCUCCCCCUAUUCCAUUGAUUCAGAGCCAGGAAGCCCGCUCCUUGAUGAUGCAAAGGUUAAAGAUGAGCCUGACUCUCCUCCUGUGGCACUUGGUAUGGUGGAUCGCUCUCGAAUACUCCUCUGUGCUCUCACAUUCCUUUGCCUCUCCUUCAAUCCACUGACAUCCCUCCUGGAUGCUCGAGGAACCCCCGAGUCCGACAGCCUGGUGCGCCAUGGCUCUGGCAGGAACGUGCUGACAAUUGAGUCAGAUGCAGCUGGUUGGUUCGGUUGGAUGAUGCCCACCCUAAUCCUGUGGCUUGUGAAUGGAGUGAUUGUACUGAGCGUGUUCAUAAAGCUCCUUGUGCACGGAGAGCCGGUGACCCGGCUGCACUCGAGGUCCUCGGUCACCUUCUGGAGGCACCGCAAGCAAGCGGACCUGGAUUUGGCACGGGGUGAUUUUGCUGCAGCUGCGUCAAACCUGCAGACUUGCCUGUCGGUACUCGGACGAGCACUGCCAGCUUCCCGCCUGGACUUGGCCUGCAGCCUGUCCUGGAACGUGAUCCGCUACAGCCUGCAGAAGCUGGCGCUGGUGCGGUGGUUGCUGAAGAGGACUUCUCAUCAGUGGCGGGCUAGGGAGGCCACUGCAGGAUUCGAGGAUGAGGCCAAGACCAGCGCUCGGGAUGCGGCCCUAGCGUAUCACAAGCUCCAUCAGCUCCACAUAACAGGUAAACUUCCCUCCAGCUCAGCUUACUCAGGCUUGCACAUGGCAUUGUGUGCUGUGAAUCUGGCCGAGUGUGCAGAAGAAAAAAUCCCACCCAGCACAAUGGCAGAAAUCCACCUGACGGCUGCAGUUGGCUUGAAAACCCGCUGUGGAGGCAAGCUUGGCUUCCUAGCGAGCUACUUUCUAAGUCAGGCUCAAAGCCUGUGCAGCUCAGAGCGAAGUGCCAUUCCUGACUCGUUGCGUUGGCUGUGCCAUCCCCUGGGACAGAAGUUUUUUGUGGAGCGAAGCUGGACAGUGAAGUCUGCUGCGAAGGAGAGCCUGUACUGCACGCAAAGGAAUCCUGCGGAUCCCAUUGCACAAGUCCAUCAGGCAUUCUGUGAGAACCUGCUAGAGCGAGCGGUGGAUUCACUUGUGAAGCCUCAGACUAGGAAAGAGGUAGCGGGACAAGAGGAGGAGGAGUCGUGUGAAUUCUCGGGUGCCAUGGAGUACCUGAAAUUGCUCAACUCAUUCUUGGACUCGAUGGGAAGUGGAGCCUCACCUUUUGCCAGCAAUUCUCUACUCAAGUCUGCCCUGGGUCCCGACGUGGUGUGCCGGUGGUGGUCAGCAGCCGUGGCUAUGGCAAUUGCUUGGCUCAGAGGGGAUGAUGCAGCUGUGAGGUCACAUUUUGCAGAAGUGGAACGCAUGCCAAAAUCCUUGGAGAUGUCCGAGAAUGCCCUGGUGAAAGCCACCUUCUACAUGUGUAAAGCCAUGCAGGCCUCUCUGUCUGGGAAGGCAGAUGGACAGCAGAGCUCCCUGGGUCACUGUGAGAGGGCCAGCAGUCACCUGUGGAACAGCCUCAACAUGAGCAGUGGCACAUCCAGCAGUGUCCUCAACAAUAUGAUCCAGCUGCUGGCCUGUGACUUGCUGCUCUCCCUCCGCACCAGCCUGUGGCAGAAGCAGGCGAACGCCAGCCAGGCGCUGGGUGAGACCUACCACGCCUCGGCCCCUGAGCUGACGGGCUUCCAGCGCGACCUCGGCAGCCUGCGCAAGCUGGCCCACAGCUUCAGACCCGCCUACCGCAAGGUCUUCCUCCACGAGGCCACGGUGCGCCUGAUGGCGGGUGCCAGCCCUACCCGCACCCACCAGCUGCUGGAGCACAGCUUGAGGCGGCGCACGCCCCAGAGCAGCAAACAGGGUGAACUGGACACACUGCCGGGCCAAAGGGAGCGAGCCACAGCCAUCCUGUUGGCCUGUCGCCAUCUCCCCCUGUCCUUCCUGUCCUCGCCGGGCCAGCGAGCGGUGCUGCUGGCCGAGGCCGCCCGCACCCUGGAGAAAGUGGGGGACAAGCGCUCCUGCAACGACUGCCAGCAGAUGAUUGUCAAGCUCAGUGGGGGCACGGCCAUCGCUGCCUCCUAACACUGGCAUGGGGUCCCUUUGUGCAAAGACAGCCUGGUUGAGCGUCAGCCUGGACUUCCCUUCUGGAGCUUAGAAAAAGUGCUAGGUUAGGGCUGUGCUGGUGGGAUCAUGAUGGGGUGGGAGAGGGAGGGAGGGGUUUGGGUUUGAUUUUUUUCUAAACUUGCCCCAGGUUUAGCUUUACUAGCCUCCUUGGUUGUUCUCAGGCACUGCAGCAGGAAUCUGUCUAAUUGUGGUUUUUGUCACUAUGCCUGGGGCUGUUGAGAAGUGCUGCCCUGACACUAAUCACCUGUCCCUGCUUGGGAGAAAAGCCCACAAGCCCAUGCCACAGAGAAGUGGCGCAUCCCGUGUCUGUCCUCAGGGGUAUUUUGUUCUCUUUCCAAACACCUCUGCAGAAAGAAAUCUCUGGGGAGGGCAGAGGAUCUGUUCAAGCCUUGUUCCAUGGGGCUGCUGGGGCCUGUUCCCAAAAGAAAGGGGAAGGCACCAGCUUUCCUUGAGUUGUGUGUCAGGAAACUGAAGCCCCCUAGACCCAACUUACCUAGGUGCUCUGGGAGUAUCACUUGGGGCCAGUACUGCCCAGAAAAUUUCUCUACAGUUUUUAUACAGGUUUUUUUAUAGGAGUGUUUGUGGCUUUACAAAAACAUGGGGAACAAUGCAGCAGAUUUCCCUUCCCUUCUGCUUCAUGCGUCUUUUCCUGUGAUAGCUGCCUCCAGUUUUCAGCAGGGGGUGGGUUUGUAGCAGCCUGCAACAAGCAGAGCCUGAUAGAAGACCUUGGCAUCCUGGGUCAUCUGGUGCUGGGUGGCAGCAGAGGUGGACAUGCUGUGCCCUGCACUUGGCAUGAAGGGUGAAUGCUUCUCUGGUGCCUUUUUGUUGAUGCAGAAACAAUUUUUAGAAACAGGUUUUUUUAUUUUACUCACCUUCCUGUCCCAGAACUUGUCUUCAGGUGUUUCUCCUUACCUUCUCCAACUGCUCCACAGCUCCUGCAGGAUUUGGGAGGCACUGGUUCAGGGUGCAAGUCUCCCAGCUUUGUUACCAUUGCUAUUCUGAGCAGUUUGACUUGCAGGUGUUGAAUUGCCCAUGACUUCCCAGGAGUGGGAGGUGGAUUUGGGACAGGGAGGGAACGGUUUGCCCUCUUUCCCUCUGCCUUUCCUGUUGCAUCUCUCCAAAGAAGUGAAGAGUGGUUGCCCUCUCACAUGUGCAUAUGUGGAAACCAGCCUUUGCCAAGUGGGCAUCGCUGUUUCAGCAGUGUGUACAGCCAGCAUGUUCUCCAUGUUGGCAGCUCGAAGCAUUUAGAUACAGGCAGCCAUCCAAACCCAUCCUGUCCCAAUCAAGCCUGUGCUGCCCAACUCCUGCAAACUUGGACUGUUUUGCAAGAAGCUUUUACGUGUAUCCAGCAGAGAGGCAUGAGCUCCUUCAAAAUGAGAGGAGAAAGAUAGGAGCUUGUGGUUUCUCUUUACAUAGGGUCUUUUGGCAUUUGGGAGGAUCAUUUCAUGUGCUACAGUAAUUGAACACAGGUAACACUAGUCCUGGAGUUGCCUGGCUUCAAGAAGAUGGAAACUGGGACCAGGAGAAACCCAUCUCCCAGCAAAGCCUGUUCCCAGUGAUUGUGGUCUGUAGCUGUGGACAAAAGCAUGGGGACCAGAAGGUGUUUACCUCCCUCCCCCACUUUAUUUGGGGAAUAGCUGGUGGACACCCAGCUGCAGUGGCUGGUAGCCUGAGCUUCUUGUCCUACUGGCAGGGGUGUCCCUUGCUUCCCAGAGUCGGUGGUUGGAGGAGGAGCUCAUUGUUUGAGGGGAAGAGGUUGCUCUCAAGAGUGUCUGAUCAGUGUAGGGGAUGCUCUAGUGGCACCAACUUUGGCUUUGAGCAAGUACCCUAAGUAUGCAGAACAGCUCUUGAGUUUGCACACAUUUUGAUUGCCCAUUCCCAAGUUCCCUAGCUUAUCAGUGAUCCUGUUUUGGGGGGUAGAUUGCCUCUUUUUUCAUCUUCUGUGGCUCUCAUGCUGUUUUCAUUGUCAUGGGGGUUUUUUUCCUAAAAUACAGAAACUCCUUGCCUGUGGCAACCUCUGAGUUAUUUUGCAUUUCUCUAGGUCUGCAUGCAGCACGUGGGAAGUUCUGUGCUUUAGUAAAAUGGGAGGUAAGGCUUUGGGAAAGCAGUGAUGCUGAGGUUUCACUCUGUCACUAAUGGUAGUCUGAGCCCUGGGGGCUGGGUGGCAGGGAAUACUGGCUGGGCCAGGAGCUGGGAGAGGCUGUUGGGCUGAAACCCAGGUAAUGAAUAGCAUGAACCACCGAGGGUCCUAGCAUGGCUGGUAUGUCUCUGCCCCCUCCAGAGCGAGGGAUCUUUGCCCUGUUUUUUCUACACUGUUCAAAAAUUUGCUGUCCAUCUGUCCCUACAACUUUUUUUAUAUGUGUGUGUAUAUACUGUAACUUUUUGGUUUGUGGUUGGGAGGAAAUUGUUUUAUGGAUUAUGUGAGAAAAGUCUAUUUAUCCACAUGGAGUUCAGAGUAGGGAUGCUUUGUGAUAUGAGAUGCAACUGGUGAUGGGGAGGUUCCCCAGGGAACGUAUCUGCUGUCUGAAAACCCUGUUCCAGGGCUCCUCAGCAUCUGUUACCUAAUAAAGACGAAUGUUACCACCA